GGUGCGGUGGGAUUACCGUAAAAACAUGGCUCUCCACGUUAUCUAUGGAAUUUGCAAUAUUGGCCGGCUGGCCCGUAUGGCUACCUGUACACCGUGAUACACAUGCUACUGCAACUCCGCGUGAGGGCUGCAGGUGAUCAAUAAUACGCUCGGCUCUGCGGGGAGCGAUAUGCUAGAGGGUGUUUGCACAAUUUCUCCGCUACCUAACAGCCGCAUGUAUUGUUAGGGACCCUGGCUGACAACCCUGACAUUAUUCACUUUGCGGGGAGCAGAUAUUCGGGACUGGGUGAAUUGGAAGGCUGGCUUUCGUUUACUGCCCAACCAACUUUCCCGUUUCGUCUCCAGCGGGACAACCCGUACAUUCCUGACCAUCACAGAACUCCCAACCUACCAAAAGGAGACCAGACCUUUUUAUUUUCACCUCCUUCUCACGCCUGCAGCGGAAAAUAUGACGGACUGUCUCGGACUACUACUUCUUCCAACCCCACCGCAACAGAUUACCUUCUUAGAUGUGCGGGUAGCAUUGCAUCCCCCGCUGAGCUCAGCAGUGCUCAGGCUGAGCAAAGCACGGCCACGCCAGCAGGAGUCAGCAGCAUUACUUGAGAUCGCAAUUCCCUUGACGCGUGUCAUACAAAACUCAUACAACCACCAAGAGCUUUUCGCGGAAACCGGCAGGCUCUUAUUCAAUGUCUAUCAACUGCUCGAGACAAUCUAUCAGAAGGAAAAUAUCCCCUCUGAAGGCCCUGGAGCAGUGGAUACGAGGAUCCUGUUUGUCCACGACGGGAGUGAGGAGCUGGACGAUGGAGAAGGACUGCCCCUGGUGAUCACCAGCUUCGGUGCGCUCGCCAGGACGUCAAGACCAUGGACCCAUCUCUUCGCCGUGGAAAGCGAGCCGGGAGAAACCCUGCUCCGGCGCUUCAUGACGCUCCGCGGAGGAGAUAUAUCCAGGCGCGAACACGACCCGCUGCUAGAGAGCAUCCAGAGGUUAAAGGGCGGCUUGCAGAUUUACAUGCCGAGUUUGCAUUCUAAUGGUUUGGGGCCCAUUUACGACGGAUCACGGCAAGAUUCUCCAACAUGGAAAGUCACCGUCGUCAUUGGUGGUGGGGGCCGUCGCGUCGACUUCACGGACAAAUACCUCCUCACCAUGGGAUUACUCUCCAUCGCAGGUGUGCGCGAUCAAGGUCUCGCGGAUCCGGGACGCAUCGAGCCACGAGCCCUCCAUGUGGCUAUCUUGGACGAGGGGGACCACCAACUCGAGAUGGAGACGAAAGCGUUUGCGUUCAUCCAAUCAUUGACGGGUUUUCUUCGCUAUGAAGGCCAAUCGCCGACAGUCUCGGGCGUCGGUGUUGAUGUCACUUUUCAGCCUCUGCAAGACUCGAUGGCGAAUACCAGCGAUGAAACCAAUGCAAGGGUAGUAGUGGUGUCAAAAACGAGGCGAAAGGCCUGGGAGGAGAUUUUGGGGGGUCGAGACAGGGGCAAGAACACGACGAUUGUGGAGCUGAAUCCCAUCGAACCAGCCGAAUGGGAGGACGAUUAAUCAAGGGUUGUUUGCUGGGAAAGUGGGCGGGAAUCCCUCGUGAUGCAGCUUCUCUGGAGUGCUGAAUGUAGACUCACAAAGGACAAAUGCAUGGCCUUUGCCACCCUUGGCUCGACGAACUAAAGUCGCUUCGAGAUCUCCUGAUUUAGCGUCCGGCAUUCUGAUUGGACACAGGCCAAUCCAUCUACCUCGAUCAACCAAGGGGAAGAAAUACGUACCUCUUGUGCUACGUUGUUAAGGCUAUCGCAGACAAUUUGAGGCGCUUUUCAGGGCGUAAGAACUCGGUUCUUCUUUUUCAAGAC